AUGCGAGGUCAACGCGCUGCCAAGUUCGCCGAAUACACCGCAACGUACGCGAUUCUGAAGCGCCUGGGGCUGCAUGACACGGUGCUGAUUGAAAAGCGUGACGCAUCUGUGGGGUACGGGGUUUUUGUGAAGGACGCGUGUGAUGCGGGUACCCCGCUGCUGGUGGUUCCCUCGCGACGUGCCUGCGCCGUGACGACCCUGGAGAGGCUCGGGGCGAACUUGCGGAUGGUCGAGGCGGGGGCGCUGCAGAAGCUUCAGCGCCUAGACGACGGCGCGCUGGCGCGGCUACUGGGCUGCACUGCAGGCCAAUGGGCGAGGCUUGCAUGGCGUCUUGCGAUUGAGCGUCAGCGGGCGCUUUCGCCGUGGUGGGGAUGGCUGAGCGUCCUGCCGAGUUCCCCGUCGUUUAAGACGAUGGAAGAAGGCUGUGAGCGUUUGUGCCGACUUCAUCACACGGCGCUGCUGCCCUACCUGACGGAUGCCCGGCGCAGAAUUGAAGAUGAGGUAAGGGCUGCGCAUGCGAUAUUUUCCGAAGAAAACGUGGUGCCCUCACUGCCUUACUUCCGUGGGGCGGUGGAAGUCAUAUUGUCGAGAGCUCAACAUUUGCCGUUGUGCUGGACCACGGCGCCCGGCGAUCCUGUGGAGCUGGGGAUUUUGCCCUUCAUCGACCUCAUCAACGGAGACGAUGGCGUUGACAGGAGGCGGAAUGCCGCGGUGGAGGUGGCGUUUGCAGUGGAGGAGCUGCCUAGUUGGUAUCGCUCUUGGUUCGUGCAGGAGUCGGAGCGAGGGGGCGUCGAUGGCGAGAAGGAGCUGCAGCGUUUGAUGGAGGAGCACUUCUUUGCCGUGGUUGUGCUCGAGCGUGGCUUGCUUGCCGCGGAGGAGGUGAUACUUGAGUACGAGCUGCAGCCCUGGGGUACGGGCUCGCUGAGCCCCGCGGAGGAACUGUUGCUGGGGCGACUCUUGAGAUACUUUUUUUAA